AUGUCUGAGAGAUCAUUAUCACCUUCUGACUAUUAUGAAUUAAAACAUGUUAAAUCCAUAAACUAUAAGCACGCAUCAAACGUAAAGAAAGGAAGAACCAUCCUUUAUCAAAGUACUGACAAAUUAGAGAGCGAUUUAAAUAAAUGUAAUUUAAGUUGCGAUUGCUCAGAAUGUGGAUAAUUAGUAGGGUUUUCUUUAAAAUUGUAUAGAGAAUUACCUCUAAAAGAAACAAGGUAUUCCAUGAUAUAUUCAUUUAGAAAUCAAAAGAAAAAAAAAACAUUGAGAAGAUUUAAAGCUGUGGGAAAUGCCAUUAUUUUUAUUCUGACUUACAAAAUGGAAGCAAUUAAAAGACUAAAAAAGAAAAUGCAUCUACUUAGAGCAGUUCGAAAUUUAACUGUAAGAAGACCUGCUGUAGUAUAAUCAGUACAUUUAUUACCAGUUUAAUAACCAAUAAAGCAACCGCAAAGGUUAUUAUACAUUGUAUUAAUUAGUCGUGAUGAAGAAAUCGAAGAGACAGUGUCUAUUCAUCCAUUUUAACCUAUCUAAAAAGGACCAAGAAAAAGUAAGAUAUCUAUAUAUAUGGAAAAAAUGUUAAAAGAUGUAUUACCAAAAAAGGAGGUUGGAUUAAAACCUUUAAGUAUAUUAAACGACGCACUUAGUAAAAACAAAAAGAAGAGACACAUAAAGUGCCAAUCUCAAUUGUCUUUAACUCAAUUUAAUUGUUAAUCCUAAAUUAAGCCCUUUGGUGAAUUGAAUAAAACACAAGCAACUAAUUUUUAUUAGAAUAACAACAAGGAUAUAUUGAAAUUGAUAGACAUUAUGAAAGUCAAACACAGAGUCAUUCGUGUCAAGAAAUGA